AUGACUACACUCUUUGUUAAAUGUAUACAAUGUAAUUAGAGACCUGCAACAAUCAAAUGUCUAUAGUGUAAAAUAGGAUAAAUGAUCAGAUUAUGUUACACUUGUGAUCAAACAGUCCAUAAUAAAUAAGUGUCGAUAGAUCAAUAACAUAAAAGAGAUAUCAUUCCUUACUAAGGUGACUAUAGAAAUCUCAUUAACAAUAGAAAUCUAUUCAAAAGCUCCAAAAAAUUCAGAUACCAUACAAGGGAAUAAAAAUGCCUAACAUAUUUAAUCAAAAAAAUAAUAAUAACCUUAAUAACAAUAAUAUCAAUAGUCAAAAGUUCCAAUUAGUAAUAAAUAAGAGCCUCUCUAAUUUGUUUAGAAGCAAAAUCAAAAUGUUGCUAAAGUAGUAUAACAUUAACAACAAAAAGAAAUUAAUCAAAGAUAGAAUAAUUAAAUAAAAUAUGAACCCAAAGAAUAAGAUUAUAAAAAUAGCUCUUAGAAUAAUUAAGUAAUUCAUUUAAAUUUAAUUUUUUAGGAUUAAAAUAAUUAAUCUCUUAUUAAUUUAUUAAAAGAAGAGAAAGAAUAGAAUUAAUUACUAGAAAAAGAAUUAAAAUAAACUUAAGAUUAUUUGAAUUAAGUGAAUAAAGAAGUAGAAAAAAAAAUGUAAAUUUAUAUAUUCUAAUUUAUUUUAAAGAAAAUAAUCUCAAUAAGAUUUAGAAAAAAGUUUAAUGAUAUAAAAAAAGAGAAUGAAGAAGAAAAGAAAUAGACAUCUAAUCUUACAACUGAUGUAAAGAAAUUGAAAGAUUAAUUAACCAAUGCUGAAGCAUAGACAUAAAAGAAAUUAGAUUAAUAAAAGAAAUAAUAUGAAAAAUAAAUGUAAGAAUUAGAAUAAGUAAUUCUGGAAAAAUAAUAAUAAAUUGAUGAAAUUGUUUAAGAAUUUUAAAAUUAUAAUUUAGAUUAAAUCUAAGCUAAAAUGGAAGAAAUGGAAAAUGAAAUUAAUAUGAAGGAUUAAUUAAUUGAAUAAUUAUCUACAUAAAUAUAAAAUGGAGGUGGAGAUCACAAAGAAGAUUAGAAUUCAGAUAGAAAUAAUAUUAAGUAAGAAAUAGAAUAGAAAGAUUAAGAAAUUAAGAAAUUAGAAGAACUAAUUGAAAAUUUUAAAGAAUUGUAUUAACAUAUGUUAGAUGAAAAAUAAGUUAUUACAGAAGAUAAUGAAAAAUUAUUAAAUGAAAAUAGUUAAUUUAGAGAAAUAUUUAAUGUAAAUUAUUAUUUUAUUUAGUAAAAUAUGCAUUUAUUUGAUAUCGAUCAAAAUCAAUAUGAAGGAGAAGGAGAAUAAAGAGAAGAAGAAGAAGAAGAAGAAGAAAAUGGAUAUCAUUAAGAGGAAGAUAUUAAUUGAA